AUGGGCCCCUGUACCGCCUCCUCAUGCUGCUGCCAGGCCCGUAAUCUGCCAUGGGCCCCCGUACCGACUCCUCAUGCUGCUGCCAGGCCCGUAAUCUGUCAUGGGCCCCUGUACCGCCUCCUCAUGCUGCUGCCAGGUCCAGAGUGUGUCAUGGGUCCCUGUACGGCCUCCCAUUGCUGCUGUCUCCAUCGCCACACUCUGCCAUGUGCCACUUUCAGGUCUCCUCACACUGCUGGUGGGUUCCAUUUUGUCAUAGGGUGCUGGCAGAUUACGGGCCUCCCAUUGCUGCUGCCAGGCCCGUAAUCUGCCAUGGGCCCCCGUACCGACUCCUCAUGCUGCUGCAGGCCCGUAAUCUGUCAUGGGCCCCUGUACCGCCUCCCAUGCUGCUGCCA